AUGAAUCUCCAGGAGCGUGAAAUAGAAAAGGUCAAUGUCUUUUACCUGCAGAAAGAGGCAGAGUUUUCGCUGCGGCUUAAAACCCUCCUCGACAAAAAGCGUGUUAUACAAGCAAGAAUAGCUGCCAACCCCAGACUAUCGGCCAGCUUCGCCACGUUAGUCGAGGGAUUCCAACAGUUCGACAAUGAUCUCAACAAGCUUCAACAAUUCGUUGAAGUCAAUGAAACCGCCAUCUCCAAAAUUCUGAAAAAGUGGGACAAAACGUCAAAGUCGAGAACGAAAGAGAUCUAUCUGCAGCGUGCAGUCGAAAUUCAACCUUGUUUCAACCGUGAUGUACUUCGAGAUCUUUCUGACCGUGCCACAACAGCUCGGCUCGACCUUGAGGCUUGGGCAGAAGGGGAAAACAUUCAAUAUGAGGUGCCCAGAUCGACGGAUCGAAUGAUCGGCCAGCGGGUUGGAACUGAAGAAAGCGACACCGAUCUUCAAAUUCUCCAAGCGUCUGCUGCGGGCAACAUUGGUGCGCUGCGCGAAUGGAUCGCACGAUUGAGUGCAUCUCCUGACGCAGGGGAGCGGUUCACCCGCAUCUUCCUUGCGACCAUUAGCGAGGCCCCGGACGAAUCUUUGCGGCUCUUCCUCGAUUCUGGACUUGUUGACAUUCAUGCCGAGGACGACAUCAACGAGCGCAAUUGCCUACACGAGGCGACGAUAUACGGAAAGGACGUGGUCCUAGAGUAUGGCCUGACACACGGCGUCGACCUAACAAGAUCGGAUGUCUAUGGGAGGGUUCCACUGCAUUAUGCAUGCAUCAGAGGAAGAUUGGCCAUGGUUCGGCGAUUGCUUGAGUACGGGCCCAACACCAUAGACAUGAAAGACCACGACAACUUUACCCCCUUGAUCCACAGUAUUGUCCGUCGGCGAGUCGACUGCGUCCGCCUGCUGCUUGAGCACAACGCCAGGAUUGAUCCCGACACAGAUGCAGACCAUAUCCCGCUAAAUUUAGCAUGCCAGCACGGGUGUGUGGAGAUUGCCAGGAUGUUAUUGGAGAGGAACGCGAGAUUGCUUGCAGACGCCGAGGGCCUUUUCCCGCAACAUCUAGUCGCCAGAUCCAGUCAGGAGGCCGAGCUGCUUCUAAUUCUCAGGCAGCACGGCGCCGACCUCAAUCAGCGGGACAAGCUUUACCAAUGGACGCCGUUGUUUCACGCCGCCAGUGAAGGUCGGGUACAUUGCUUGCGUGUCCUCUUGGAAAACGGCGCAGACCCCGACGCCCUUGAUGAGAAGGGCUUGACCGCGAUGUAUUACGCUACAUGGGAGGGACACCUUGAAUGCAUGGAUCUACUGUGGGAACGAAGCAGCCGCCGCCAGGCUGACAGACGGGCCUCCUCCAGACUUGGUGCAGUCCUGCCUCCGAACAGCCAGAUGAACGCAAUGGAGAUUACUCCCGAGGAACCAGCCCCUGCCGAAGGCGAUGGUAUUCCCGAUCUGUCGCUCCCACCACCAAUCAUCCCGAUGCGUCGCUAUGGCCACAACUUCCUUGACACGAAAACAUUCAUUGCGAUCAAUUUUGACCGCGGGGAACAAGCAAUACAAUUCUUUAAUGAAGCUCGGUAUCCUGCUGCACGCCUGACGAUUUCUUCAAAAACCUCUGAUCUCAUCCCGCGCAACUUGAUGUUGCCCAUACAGGAAGACUCUCGAUCUGUCUACUUCCAGGUUGACAACCUCAGUAGCUUUGCGGUGGAUUUUGAGAUUUUCCCGACCUUUGGUUCCAAAGUCAUCGCGAAAUCCGUCGCUCUUCCUGACCUGUUCCGUGCGAUCGAUAGCAGCGCCGGCACAUGCUGUCUUCCAAUGUUUGACCCCCGGCUGCGAUGUGUCGGCCAGAUUCAAUUCAGUUUCCAGGUCAUCAAACCAUACCCGGGCACGCCGUUGGAAAUCACUCAAUUUGCAACGUAUUGGAAAGCUACAAGUGCAUUGGACGACCAUGGCGGGCUGGUGACUGGCUCAAGUCUCUCGGGAGACUACUUGCGUCUCACCGUACAGCUUACAAGGGACGGCGUUCCCGUCAUAUACCCAUCUUAUUUCGUUCCCUACAACAACCUUGACGUCUCUAUCUGCCGAGUGAAAUUUGAUGUGCUGGAGAAACUUGGAUUGUGCGGCAAGCUGCUAGACGGCAACGGAGUGUCUACACUGAACAGCAUAGACAUAAUGGACUGGCGCGAUCGAGUGUCUGGAUCGAUUUUCCCCCUGCGCGAUAUUCUCGCCGCGGUUCCGCCGCAGAUCAGCUUUAACCUCCACAUCCUCUAUCCGACGGUAGGGGAGGACGUCGAUCUGGGCGUCAACGCAAGCAUCGAUAUCAACACUUUUGCGGAUGCCAUUCUCACCGAAGUCUUUGACCAUGCUCGCUCUCUUCGCGCCCAGUCACCCGAUCUGUCACGCUCCAUUGUGUUUAGUUCGGUCAACCCUAACAUCUGCACGGCCCUGAACUGGAAGCAGCCCAACUUCCCUAUUUUGCUCUGCAACGACCUCGGCAGCGCACAUGGACGGCCGGGCCCAUGUCAUGGCACCUCAAUCAAAGAGUCCGCCCGCCUCGCACAGACUAACAACUUUAUGGGCAUGACGUGCUCGGCGCGGAUCCUGCAGAUGGUGCCUGCGCUCAUUGAGACUAUUAGACAAGCAGGGCUGGUUUUGGUGUCGGACGCUUCUGAAACUGCGUCAAGACAGCCGCCUCCAUCUGCGACGGGUUGGACAAUGAUGCCCGAGGGCGUGAAUGGGAUCAUGAAGCCAAAUGGCAUUUUGCGCUUCAACGAAACGGUCGACAUGUGA